AUGAGUAUUCCCGCACGGUGCUUCCUUCUGAAUUCAUUGAAGGUACUCAGUCUGUGAGAUGACGGAAGGCAACUUCUUGAAUAAGCUCUUCAAAAAUAUAUUCUACUUGCAUCUUGUUUCGAUUACGAUCUUGGUGAUUGUGCUUGCUAUUCGCAGCAUACUAUCGGCAUCCCAUACUCACCAUUUUGACACUCAAGAUUGGUAUCUACCUGUCCUUGUUUCGACUGCUUUUGCUGCAAUUGCUGGUUUUGCAUGGCAAGCGUUUACAGCCUUCAACCCUCUGAGAACUAUGAAAGUAGCAUUUUGGCUUAGCCCUCUGCUGAUAGGUUUAGUUGGUUUCCUACUUGUCUCAAUAGGUACCACAGGCAGCUUGGUGGCUGCUGCCAUUGCAGUAGUUUCUGCAGUCACACAGUCACUCUAUUGGUGCUGGGUCCAACCCCGACUCGAGUAUGCUGGUCAGAUUCUAUUAUUGUCUAUUGCAAUUCCUCCUCAAAUAGCCACUGGAGUUGCAUUUCUGUCCAUCAUCACCUGUACCCUGUACUCCAGCCUUUUGUUCUUUGGCAUUGGAGGGGCUACAGCCACAAAUACAAGCUGGGACAUAUUAUUCAUCUUUGUAAUACUAUUGAGCUUGACAUGGACUGCUCAUAUCAUCAAGAACACACAGCAAGUUGCAAUCUCUCACAUCAAAUAUAUGCAACUUACAUAUGGACUAGAAAUUGGUACAAUCAUGGCAUUUAAGAACACAUUUAAGCACUCAAUAGGGACCAUCUGCAUAGGAUCAAUUCUUGUACCUGUCAUUUGUGUCAUACGGGGUUCAGCCCAUGCCAUCAGUAUGGUUUCAAAAGAUGCUGAUGAAUUCAUGUUCUCCUGCACAAGUUGCUAUUCUGCAAUUGCAUCAAGGCUAGUAGCAUAUGGCAAUCGAUGGGGCUUCGUGCAUAUAGGGCUUCAUAACAAAGGCAUUGUGCAGUCAUCAAGAAAUAUCUGGGAGAUGUUCCAGAGAGCUGGUAUUGAACAAUUGAUAAACUCUGACCUAACUAGCUCAUUUUGCUUCCUAAGUGGAACUGCAGGUGGUGCUGCAUGUGCACUGCUGGGAGGUUCAUGGGCUCUCAUGUCUCGUAGGAACUAUGCAACUGAGGUGUCAAUAUACACCUUUUUAAGUGGAUAUUUCAUGAAUCGGGUGGCAAUGUCAUGGAUACAGGCUGGCGUUUCUGCAUACUAUGUUGCCUAUGCGGAGAACCCACAGAACCAAAAAUUUGACUGUACGAUUCCAAAAUUCAUUGAGGAGCUGCAAAGAUCUCGUGUAUAAAGGUUACUCAUAUUUUCUACUAGCCCAAAGGACACUUGCAUAUGCAGAAAAGCAACAUUCUUAACAUUCAUUGAUUUGUACCAAGAAAGCAAAUUUUUACAUUUCUUAAUCCUCUAUCUAUUCUUUCUUUCCCAUUCUUUGGGUCCAUCUCAGGAUACUUUAUUGAACUACUAAGCUCUUGUUCACUCUGUAAAUGGCAAAGAUAUAUUUUCAUCUCUUUCCUUCUCAC